AUGAUGGUAUUUUCAUGUGGGUUAACUUUCCUUAUUUUUGUACUAGCAGUCAAAUCUAGUUCAAGUUUAAUUUGUUAUCAAUGUGAUGGAAUUGUGAUAAUAGCUAUGAAUUUAACAACACCGCCUGGUUGCGUCAAAAUGGAUGAUAUACGUAUAACUGUCGGAUCAGAAACGUCUCAUCAAGCAUAUGGUUACAAUGGAAAUUUUGUUCUACUUGGCUUAACAAUGAGAAGUAAUGGGUCAUAUGAAUAUGGUUUUACCUAUCAUUGUUUAACAGAUGGUUGUAAUGAACCAAAACUCAGUAAACUUCAAUUAUUGUUGGAUUCAACUACAAUAGAACAUGAUAUAGACAAAAUCUUACCAUUGUUAUAUACGGCAACACCUGAGGCUGCAUUAAUAUGUUCAAGAUACACAAACUUUACAGAUCCCAAUAGAUGCUAUUCAGAAGAAAUUAAUAUUUUAUGUUUGACAUGUUUGUCAUCUAUUGAUGGAAUAACAAAUUCGCUAUGUGAAAAAUGUUUAGAGAAUGCUGAAAUAAUUUCUAAUCUUCUUCUUGAUGAACGAGCAUAUUUAUUAAAAACAAGUAAUCAUAAUUUUGUAGUACAUUGCAACAUUCAAGAAUGUAAUAGAAUGGAUAAAAUUGAACAAAUUCGAAAACUAUAUCGUUAUGAUUUUGAUUAUGAUAAAUUUUUCGGUCGAUCAAGAUCGGCUUUACUAUUCUACAACAAAAAUAUCAUUUAUUUUUUUGUAAUUAUUUUAUUAAUUUGGAAUACAUUGUGA